AUGAGGAGGUUUUACUUGCUCCCUGCUGAAGAUGACUCUUAUAGUUGUCGUCAGUCCAAGAGAUUUAAGAUCAAAGCCAUGUUCAUGUGUGCCACAUCUAGACAUAUUAAGGACAGUGAAGGGAGGAUGAUACAUGAUGGGAAAUUGAGUAUCUACCCUUUUGUUGAGUAUGCGAGAGCUAAAUAUUUAACCAAAAACAGAAGGGCAUGUACUUUGCUGACAAAAGCAAUUGAAAGUGUUACCCUAGCUGUUAUAAGGGACAUGAUAGUUAACACUAUCAUACCUGCCAUCAUGAGGGUUUGGUCAGUAGGUGUGUCUAAAGAUAUCUACAUACAACAAAACAAUGCUAGACCUCACAUUCAUGCAUCUGACCCAAAAUUUAUGACAGCAGCAACUCAGAAUGGAUUUAAUAUUCAACUCAUCAAUCAGCCACCUCAGUCCUCUGACUUAAAUGUGCUAGACUUGGGGGUUUUUAGAGCAAGUCAAGCACUACAAUAUCAAUCAUUUCCUAAGAAUCUAGAUGAACUGAUUUUAAGAGUGCAGGACUGUUAUGAUUUCUUUGACCCAGAAGUAUUGAAGUACACUUGGUUGCAAUUACAAUAUGUUAUGGUAGAAAUACUAAAGUGCAAAGGGGGGAACAAUUAUAAGAACUCACACCAUUCAAAAAGAAAGCUAGAGAGACAUGGAUUACUUCCGGAUAAUGUUGAAGUUGACCAAGCACUAAUAGAUGAGGCAGUUGCUUAUUUGAAUGAGAGGUUUGUGAAUGUAGGUGAAGCAUUUGACUACUUAGAUGCACAUCAAGAGUAG